AAAUGAUUACAUAGAGGGAUAGAAAAACUCAUCGAUAAUAUUAGUUUGUUUUUUGUACUAUUUUAUGUGAUAAAGUGAUAUUAUAUGGCUAAGAAGCGUAAAAUUCCCGUACGUAAGCAUCAUGGAAUCCGUGAUCCUCUCAAGCAAAUGGAAGAAAAGGAAAAGAGGCUUAAAAAUGUCGUCAAUAAUCCGCCUGAAAAGGGCAACGACCAAAAGCCUUCUUAUAAGUUCUCCCAAUUUAAAAAAUUGUCGGAUGAUGCUAAAGCAGGGAAAAAAUUUAAACGUAUAUACCGUGGCGUAGAAGAUAAACCUGGAGGGAGUAUCAAACAUAAGGAAAUAAACAAAUUUAAGAAUAUAAAACAACUGCCGGGCGAGGAUGAUGCCGACUAUUUGCGUAGAGUUAAUCGCAUGACCAGCGAGAGUUUAAAAGAAGCUCAAUAUGAAGCAAAAUACGGAGUUCGUGUAAUAAGAAAUGCUAAAACUGGAGAGAUUGCUAUUGAAAAGAAGCCACCCAAUGAAAUUGACGAGUUAUUAAAGCAAAAACAAAAGAAAAAUGUCAGGGAUGGCAGGAUAAAUAAAAAAUUGUUAACAGGUAAUCGGAAAAUCUUUGAUCCGGAAGUUGCCAAAAAAUUAAUGAAACAAGCGCUGCAGGAAAAUGAGGAGGAAAAGAAUCGAGACGUUCAAGAGUAUAAAAGAGACAUAGUUAAAUUUGGGGAAGUUGUACAUGCGCCUCCUACUAUCACAACCCUGCCGAGAAAGGCCCAAAAAGAGGCGACUGUUCCUAGGCCUGGCUCGAAAAAUAAUUUGUUGUUAAAGCAAAUUUUAAAUGGACACAAGAUUAAUCUGGCGGAUAAAAAUGUUUCAUCUAAAAAUACGGGAAUAUCCCAAGAAAAGAGUGAACCAUCGAAACAUCAGUUGAAAGGUAGACGCCGGGACUUGCCUGCCACUACACGAAAUAUGUUAGAAUCCGAACAACGAAGGAUGAUAUGCUUAUAUAGAAAUUUAAAAAAAUCGAAAGCUUGUAAAACCGUGUAGAAAUUGAUACCUUUACGCAUUUACAAUUUUUCUUUUUAUUACUCUCAACUAGGAAUCAACAAAAUAUAUGUUCAAAAUAAACAAAAUCAG